AUGAAUUUAUCAGCCUGGAAGUCAGCUUUGAGCAAUGGUGGAUCGCUAAUUUAUGAACUUGGUCUAAAAAUGUUAAGAAUAAGGAGAAACAAUCAAUGUGAUAGCGCUAUCAACGAAAUAUUGCUGUACGGAGCAGAGAACGAAGAGCAUCAGAAACAAAUAGGCUUGAACAACUUGCUUUGUAUUUACUACGUCAUACUUCACGCGAGCAGCAGUGUCGACGUGUGCGUGCCCAGCCUCACCAGCGAUACUUUGACCAAAUGUCUGAUCAGUGUUCGUCAAAAGAAUAAAGUGAGCGUGAGGAUUGUCAUACAUAGCAGCGAGGACUUCCACAACCUGCAGUUGUUUGCUCAGAACGGGAUAGAGGUGAAGGUGAUGCGGCCGGCGGUGCAGCUGGCGCACGAGUUCGUGGUGGUGGACGGGCGCGCGGGCGACGCGGUGGCGGCGCUGGGCGCGCUCGACUACGACACGUCGCGACUCAACUGCAACCGCGACGCCACGCUGCUCUCCUCCGACCCAGCGCUCAUCACUGCUCUGAACAGGGAAUUCGAAAGAGUCUGGAAUUCCUUCCCUGACCUGACACCCACUAAAACUGACCAAGUGUAAAUAAUUUAAUUGGUAUCUAUCUAAUAUUUCUUGUUGAUUAUUAUAUGUAUUUUAAUUUCUUAAUUUUAUUUAACUUUAUCAUUGUAGUGUUGGGUAUGUAAAUAAAAGUCUG